AUGCCUGCAGUUUCAUACGACCCAUUAGACGAUUCGGCUGUUGAUCCGGCUGUCGGUUGCCGACAUAAAGCCGUACCGCCGCCUUACUGUCUGUCGCUUGGGAAUAUGCCUGCAGUUUCAUACGACCCAUUAGACGAUUCGGCUGUUGAUCCGGCUGUCGGUUGCCGACAUAAAGCCGUACCGCCGCCUUACUGUCUGUCGAUCCGUGACGAAUGUGGUGAAGAAGAAGGACCACCGGCCAAGUUACCGUACGUCUCAUCAUUGCCAUGGCUCUCAAACAGCUGUUUUCCACUGCCACAACUGCCUAACGCCGCCGCUUUCACACAGCCAGAUCCGACGGCGGCGAUGAUGAUGAACCCAUUUAUGCUGCUUGUUCCUCAGCUAUUCGCAUUCAUUUCACGUGUGAUGCCUCGACCCGGUAAAGAUUCCUAUGAUGAACAGAAACCACCGUACUCCUAUAUUUGGUUGACCUACAUGGCAAUACAGAAUUCUGAAGAGAAAAUGCUACCACUAACCGAGAUUUAUAAAUUCAUAAUGGACAAGUUCCCGUUCUACCGAAAGAAUACGCAGAGAUGGCAAAACUCUUUGCGGCACAACCUAUCAUUUAAUGAUUGUUUUAUCAAAAUUCCUCGAAGACCGGAUCGACCAGGAAAGGUAGGCGACCGUACUUCUGGCUGCGUUAAACUCAUGUUGAAAUACCGGAACUCGUCCGAAUUGAAUAUUUCACAGGUUCUUACUGGGCGGUUCAUCGAAUGCUCUCGGUAUGUUCGAAAGAUGGGAGCUGUUUACGCAGGAGGAAACGAUUCAAGGUGA